UAAUGCUCCAGGAUAAAGUGUCAAUCUUGUUCUACAGCUGGAUCAGCAUUACCCAUUCCCUGUGGGCAGCAACUACAGCAGAGAGGGGCAGCAUCAAUCAGAAAUGAUCCAGGCAGCCCCUGAGCCUUUCCUGCAGGACUGUGAGGGAGAGGAAGAAAGGGAAAAGCUCCCCAAGCAUCAAGAGCUUUCCAGCCACAUGUGUGUAAAAAUCUCUUCCCUUGCCACGUGACCGAGGAAGAGGCACAGAUCCAUUACACAAUAAUAAAAAUAUGCCUUUGGCAGCGUGGAGCCAAAGUGGAGCUGCUGCAGGGAACUCAAACUACGCACUAGAAGGAGUAAAACAGGAAUAAAAAGGACCAAAGUCAAUCCUGCACAGCCCUCCCAGGACCUGCUGUGGCAGGACAGGGCUGGGGAUCUGCAGCAAAACAUCUGCCUGAAACCUUGGGAGCUGCCAGUGCCUGUCAGGACCUCACUGGGGAGAUCAGGCUGGCUGUGCCAUGAUCUCUGCUGCGCUGCUCCUCUGGACCGUGCCCUGCGUGGCAAAUCACAUCCUGGGCGGCUUUGGCAAGCGGGAGCUGCAGGAGGGUGCCCAGCUGGCCUGCAGCCUGCCAGGACCCCCCGGGCCCCCCGGGCCCCCCGGCGUGCCUGGCACCCCGGGCACCGUGGGCAGGAUGGGCUUCCCGGGCAAGGAUGGCAAGGACGGCCAGGACGGCGACAAGGGCGAGCAGGGCGAUGAAGGUCCCCAGGGCAAAACAGGAAACCCUGGCAAGCCAGGCCCGAAGGGGAAAACAGGAGCCCUUGGCAAGGCAGGGCCCCGGGGGCCCAAGGGAUUAAAGGGCAAUCCCGGGAAAAUGGGGGCUCCAGGGAAGAAAGGGCCCAAAGGGAGCCAGGGUGAGCCUGGGCUGCCAGGACCCUGCAGCUGCAGUGGCAGCAGGGCCAAGUCUGCCUUUUCUGUGGCAGUGUCCAAGAGCUACCCCAGGGAGAGGCUGCCCAUCAAGUUUGACAGGAUCCUGAUGAACGAGGGAGGCCACUACAACACUUCCAGUGGGAAGUUCAUCUGCAGCAUCCCAGGGAUUUACUACUUUACCUACGACAUCACCUUGGCCAACAAGCACCUGGCCAUUGGCCUGGUCCACAAUGGCCAGUACAGGAUCAAGACUUUUGAUGCCAACACUGGGAACCACGACGUGGCCUCGGGAUCCACCAUCCUGGCACUGAAGCAGGAGGAUGAGGUGUGGCUGCAAAUCUUUUACUCAGAGCAAAAUGGGCUCUUCUAUGAUCCCUACUGGACAGACAGCUUAUUCACUGGAUUUUUGAUUUAUCCUGACCAAGAUUAUCUCAAUGAAGUGUAGGAUGAGAAACUAGGGGAGAAAAUAGGAAAUGGGCCUCAAUCCAACAGUGUGGCCUUAGCUGGGACAUGUCUGGGAUUAUCAGAUGAUUCCACAUUUGCCUAUGGGAUUUUCAGUUGAUUGCACCCUGCAUGGGCUAUUUAGACUUUUCCUUGAUGUCAUCAAACCCACAGGGUACUGACCAGGCUUUCAGCAGCCUCAUGGAUGUCUCCAUCCCAAAGCCACCCGUGAUAUAUUCCACGAUUAUUCCAACAUGCCAUGGACAUGUAACUCAAAUACUGGUGCAGAAUGCUUUGGUUAUUGCAUUGUUAUAAUAAAGUGUAGAAACCAACA